CAAGUAUCUACUUCUCAUCACUAUAAUGGUUGUCCUUUCUUGGAUGUCAAUUUAAAUUUAUAUCUUGAUAUCGAUAACAUUGUUGUUCUUUUCAAAGCUUUUCUUCUCCGCAAAGGUUACAAUGAGCUACAGCGAUGGAAACGACAGCGAUGGAAACGACAGCUUUAGCUCUGCGCUGGACAGCCUCCCGCUAAACAUUUGUUUCCCUCUCAGAAAAGAAGAAAUUAAUAGCCUUGAGAAGCGAAUGGAUCGAAUUGUUUUUAUACAGCAGGCGGAUACUACAUACCACAGAGCACUUAAGGAGAUAAAGGAUCAGGAGAGCAUAUCGCUGCUGGUGGAGCCCAGUUUCUACGGACGACAUCAGACCACGUCUGUUUUGGUGGUGGCCACGUUUAAUGAAACGUACAUUUUCGACAUCCUAGCCCUUGCCUCGAUAUUCCCAGAACUGGCCAAGAUUUUGGAGGCGGAUCAGCCGCGCAAGGUGGUCCACUAUAGCCACCGAAUCGCCGAUCAUCUGCUGCAUAGGCAACGCAUCUCGUUGGGCGGAAUCUUUGAUACCUUUGUGGCUCUGUGCCUGGAGCGCCACGAAAGAUUGCCUUUCUCCUUGUCGGAGGCCAUAUCUUUCGUGUUCAACCUAUCCAUGGAUGAAAUCCUCUGCGAGGAGGUGACUGGAGCCAGUGAAUCGCGGCGGAACUUUACUGCUCGUCCACUGACCCACAGUCAAAUGAGAUACAUGGCCAAGAUGGUCCAGCUUCAGCACCUAAUGCACCAUCGCUUGAAUUAUAGUGACAUCUUUUGCGCCGAGGUCCAUCGCAUAUCCCUAGCGUUCAGCCACAGCUACUACGGCUUGCUGUCCUGCGAUGUCGCCAUUAACAUGGCACCCGCCAGUCGCUUCGGUUUCCAACUCAUAGAUUCCUCCUUCUACAAAAGUGCCGACGAGGAGAUAGAGGAGCGCACUAUAAGCACGGAAUAGUUCGACAGAAAUGUCAAGCAAUAACAUGUGCUGAAAUUAGUCGUAUGUAGUGCAUCUAUCCUUUACUAUUAGGCCAAUUGAUUUGCAUGAUAUAAUCCCUUAUUUGGGGAGAGCACGACGAGUGGUUAACUUCAAUUUUAAUUAUUUAUUGUUCUAAAAAGUUUUGUUAUCCAAACGAAUCUGGAAUUUGAUAUCCAAAUACACAUGGAAACAUAUCUUACUAUACAGAAAUCGAGGAUAUGUCUAUUUAAUAAUAUACAACAUUAGGAGACAAUAAACGUAGUAUUCUCAUUUAAAUAUUAAUAUGAAUAUUUGUAUACAUAAACUCCUUAUAAUAUGAAUACAUUUAAAACAAGAAAGGCUGCUCAGCCUAAAAGAAAGCUAGCUUUAUCGCUACGAAGCAAAUGUACCCUAAAAAAACUAAAUAACCAAAUAAUACUUUAUGAUCAAACAGCGAAACUAUAAUUUCUUGCUAUUAUUCUAGAUUCGUUGAAAAGUAUAAAUCAGGUAGAAGGAUGCGUUUCCGAAAUAUACACAUAUAUUCUAGUUGGCAAGUCAAUCUCGUUUUAAUAUGAACCCAAUAACCAUUAUGAAUUUCUAUGAAUCUUUUCACUUAAAUGUACAAAUU